AGUAAAAAGUGAGCUCAGGCAAGAAGAGUAUUCUUUUGUAGUUUCUCACCCAGCCUGGCAGGGAUGGAGACAUUCCAGAAUUUGUAUGCCACCCCUGCUGAGAAGCUUGAUGUCUUUGUGGCUCAUAUGCUCCAGCCAGAUAAAGAGUGGAAGGAUGAGGUCAAAGAUAUCUUUGAAAGGAUUGCAGAAUUCUUUCAAGAGAAAUGCUUCCAGGACUGUACUAUAAGAGACAAACAGGUCAAGGUGAUAAAGGUGGCAAAGGGAGGCUCCUUUUCCAAGGGUGUAGACCUAAAACACACUUCUGAUGUGGACAUGCUCCUUUUCCUGAGUUGUUUCUCCAGCUACAAAGACCAGUACAAACUCCAAGGUCCCAUCAUUGAAUUCAUGAUGGAGAAACUCAAGAAGUGCCAAAAAAGCAUAGCUUAUGACAUUAUCAACAUCUCAAAACGAGAGUCCUCAAAUAGGUCUGUGCCCCCAAGAUCCUUGAACUUCAAUGUCCAGUCAAGGAAGAAGAAUAAACUGAUCCAUGUGGAUGUGCUACCAGUCUUCAAUGCUCUAGGGGGAGAAAAUCUACCCUCAAGGCAAGAGAAUUACCCAGGUCUGAAUCCAAGACUUACUGUAUGGCCAAAGGUCUAUGAAAAACUAAUAAAGAGCAAAGGGGGCCCUGGCGAGUUCACUCCAUCCUUCAGAGAACUGCAGAGAAGUUUUGUGAAACAGCGUCCAACCAAGCUGAAGAGCCUUAUUCGGCUAGUGAAGUACUGGUACCGAGAGGUAAGGUGGGUGGGGCAUCGGGAGGCUUCACCAAGGGUCCAGGGCAUGGGGGAGAGACAGCCUAGAAAGAUGAGUGUGACCAAGGGAAAGGGCAGGGUCUUUGUGACAAAGAGAAGGAUAUAAGUGUAAGGAUGCCUUUGGAAGCCUUAUAACAUUCCUCUGACAAGAGCAUUGGGUGUUUUCCCCAGGUGUGAAUCCUGGCUCUCCUAUUUAUGACCUGGGAGACAUGGGGCAAAUCACUUCAUUUCUCCAAAUUGCUGGUUCCUCAUUUCUAAAAUGACAGGGUUGGACUAGAGAAUGUCCAAGGUCCCUUCCAACCAUAACUCUUAUGGUCUUGUGAGAUGUCCACACAAGUAUCAAGACUGCUAGGUCACAUUGCUAAAUCAAUUAACAAAAACUUGGUACCCACUGUCCUGGGUGCUGGAGAGAUAAUGAUUAAAAAACGAAUUCAAGAAGCUGGCGUUCUGUCAAGGGAGAUGAUAUGUACAUAUUCAAAUGUACACCCAAAAUAAAGAGUUAUGUUCACUAUUAAGUAGAAACAAAGUAAAUAUAAGGCAGGGGUUCUUAAUCUGGGGAUCUAGCGAUAGAUUUGGGGUGGUCUGUGAGCUGGGAUACAGAAAAUAAUUUUAUAAUCAUAUUUCAAUACAACUAAUUUCCUUUGUAAUUCCAUGUAUUUUACUUCAUGCAUCAAAAAAUUCCAUAGGCUUCAUUGGGCUCCCAAAGGGAUCCAGGACACAAAAAGGCAAAGAAUCUCUGAUAUAAGGUCUAUAUUAAAUGAUCAAUAAGCAUUUAUUAAGUGCCUGCCAUGUACCAAGAACUAUGUCCACACCGAAGAUACAAAGCAAGAGUCCUUGGCUUCAAAGUGACAGCUAGGAGGCAUAAUAGACAAAGUACCAGACUUGGAAUUAGGCAGGCCUAAAUUCAGAUCUUGCCUCAGGCAUUUCCUAGCUCUGUGGCCUUGGAUAAGUCAUUUAACUUCUCCUGGCCCCAGUUUCCUCAUUUGUAAAAUGAAGAUAAGUCUAGGACCUGACAAUCUCCUAAAGUUGUUGUGAGCAUCAGAACUGUGUAAAAGACUUUAUAAACUGAAAGGACAAUUCUGAGGAGAGGACAUGCACAUAGAUAGAUAGGUCCAUACAAGAUACACACAGAGCAGAUACAAGGUAGCUUUAGAAAGAAAGGCUCUAGGAACUGGGGGGAGAGGGAAAGGUCUUUUGCAAAAGGUGGCAUUGAAGCUGUAAAUUUUGAAGAGAUCCUAAAAGGCAGAGGUGAGGAGGAAGCAUGUACCAGGUGUGGGGGACAGACAGUGGAGAGACAGCAAAUGGAGCAUUGUGUUUGAGGGCAUCAAGCAGUAUCAGGUUGUCUGGAUCAUGAAAUGGAGUAAAAAGUCUGGAAGAGCCCAGUUGUGAAGGGCUAGGUAUAUAAAUGCCAAAUAAAGGAGUUUGUAUUUCAUCCUAGAAGUAGCAAAGAGUCCCUGGAGUUUAUUGAGUAAGGGAAUAACAUGGUCAGUCAUGUGUUUUAGGGGGGAAAAUCACCUUGACAGUUGAGUGGAGGAUAGAUUAGAGUGGAGGAGGAGGCUUGAGGCAGGGAGACCAAUUAAAAGGCUAUUUCUAUAAUCCAGAUGUGAGAUGAUAGGGUCUUUGUUUAGGGCGGUGACUAUGUGAGUGGAGAGGAUAAUCCAGAUGUGAAGUGAUGGUGUCCUCAUUGAGGGUGGUGACUAUGUGAGUGGAGAAGAUAAUCCAGAUGUGAAGUGAUGGUGUCCUGAUCUAGGGUGGUGACUAUGUGAGUGGGGAGGAUGGGAUAUAAGUGAGAGGAGAGAUAGAAACCACGAGAUAUGAUUGGAUAAGUGAGUUGAGUGAGAAUGAAUAGUUGAGGAUAAAGCUGAAGUUGCAAACCUAGGUAAUUAGGAGGAUGAUGAUGUCCUUGACUUAAAUAAAAGGAGCAGGGAGAAACGGAACGGCUUUGUGUAGAAGGUGGGUCUCUGUGCCGAGUUUAUGAGGAAAACUAGGGAUUCUAAGAGAUGUGAGUGAGAUAUACGGUGAUUCGGAGUCUGCUGAGAAAGUUGGGUGCAAAUGGCACAUUUGCCCAAUGGGUCUUUUCCCAUAGGCUAGAAUGGCAGCAAGUGCAUUGCGCAGGAACUCGGCCGUAUU